AUGCUUGAUUUUUUCAGAAUCGAACAGAAGUACAGAAAUGUGCUUAGUUGUUCCUUGACAUAUCUCAGAGAUGGCCAGUGCAAGGUUUUUAUUUACACUCUCUUGUGUGGCGCUUUUGGGCACCACCUGGGAUAUACAUAUAAUAUAAAGCAAAUUGGGGUUUGUCUGCAGAUUGUAUCCGAAGCCACGUCUGAUGUAGCCUUCCAUGUCCUGCCGUAUUUCCAUGAUCUCACCGAAUGUAUCAAGUACCGGAACCACAUGGAUCUGAACAACUUAUCCUUCCUCAUGUUCGGCAUGGUGGUCUUCAGUUGGCUGCAAAGCUUGGCUUUGGAAAUGAAUUGCCUGUGGACAAUGGAGGAUCAACUAAGGGUAGUCCUGGCUCCGCAUUGGCAGCGACUUAACCAAUACCAGUGCAUGUACUUGGGCUUGCCCCAGCAAUGUAUACCAAAAUGAUUUAUAUUGAAUUAAAUAAAGUUAAAUGACUGGAA